AUGUCCUCGGUCUUCCGUGCCAGCACACGGCUGCGCUCUGCAGCUCGCCUCCCGGCAGCUCGCGCUCUCUCCACCACUGCCGGUCUGCGUGCAUCGGAGAAGUCGUACUUCCCCAAUGAGCCUACCGCUCCCUCCGUCUCGGGGACCAUCCCCGGACCUAAGAACAAGGCCGCCGCCGCCGAGCUUGACGAAGUCUUUGAUGUCCGCAGCUUGAACAUGUUGACCGACUACCACCAGUCCGUUGGAAACUACAUCGCUGAUCUCGAUGGAAACAAGCUCCUUGAUGUGUAUGCUCAGAUUGCUUCCAUUCCCGUUGGAUACAACAACCCCCACCUCCAGAAGAUUGCCGCAUCAUCCGAGAUGUCCUGCGCCCUGAUUAACCGUCCGGCCCUGGGUAACUUCCCAUCCUCCGAUUGGGCCCAUGUCCUCAAGACUGGUAUCCUCCGUGCUGCCCCCAAGGGCCUGAACCAGGUCUUCACUGCCAUGGCUGGCUCUGAUGCCAACGAGACUGCCUACAAGGCGGCCUUCAUGUACUACCGCCAGAUGCAGCGCGGUGGCCCUGAGGUCGAGUUCACCGAGGAAGAGCUGCUCUCUACCAUGAACAACCAGAGUCCCGGCUCGCCCCAGCUGUCCAUUCUCUCCUUCAAGUCUGCCUUCCACGGCCGUCUCUUCGGCUCCCUGUCCACCACCCGCAGCAAGGCCAUCCACAAGCUGGAUAUCCCCGCCUUUGACUGGCCCCAGGCCUCAUUCCCCCAGCUGAAGUACCCACUGGAGGACCACGUCCAGGAGAACGCCGCCGAGGAGCAGCGCUGCCUGGCUGAGGUUGAGCGUCUCAUCAAGGAGUUCCACAACCCCGUCGCUGCCGUGAUGGUCGAGCCCAUCCAGUCCGAGGGUGGUGACAACCACGCCUCUCCCGCUUUCUUCCAGGGUCUCCGUGACAUCACCAAGCGCACUAACGUCCUCUUCAUCGUCGACGAGGUGCAGACCGGUGUUGGUGCCACUGGUAAGUUCUGGGCCCACGACCACUGGAACCUGUCUUCCCCUCCCGACAUGGUCACCUUCUCCAAGAAGGCCCAGACUGCCGGUUACUACUUCGGUAACCCCGCUCUGCGCCCCAACAAGCCCUACCGCCAGUUCAACACCUGGAUGGGAGACCCAGCCCGUGCCCUGAUCUUCCGCGGAAUCGUUGAGGAGAUCGAGCGUCUUGGCCUCGUUGAGAACACCCGCACCACUGGUGACUACCUGUAUGGUGGUCUCGCCCGUCUCUCCGAGAAGUACCCCGAGCACUUCCAGAACCUCCGCGGUAAGAACCAGGGUACCUUCAUCGCCUGGGACACACCCAAGCGUGACCAGUUCGUCGCCAAGGCCAAGUCCUUCGGUGUCAACAUCGGUGGCAGUGGUGUAUCUGCUGUCCGUCUGCGCCCUAUGCUGGUCUUCCAGAAGCACCACGCCGAUAUCCUCCUCGAGAAGAUCGAGCAGAUCAUCCAGACCCUCUAA